AUGGAGUUGAAGUCGCAGAACUCCUCCAAGUUCAUGCGGGAGCAAACUGCCGCGGUGGGCACGGAUCUGUAUCAUGCUCCCGAGUAUGGGAAACAAAAGAUGUACGAUAGCGAGAAAGCGGACGUGUUCACUGUGGGGAUCUUGGUCUUUUUGCUGCGGCAGCCCAUCCCACCGUUCCAUCCCUACUUUGGCGGCCUGAAGGUCAUCACUGACGAGGGUGCUAGUGAGAAAUGGUGGGCUCACAAGGAGUGUGCCCAGUUUGCUGGUGCAGAUGGGCUGAAAAAACUGAUCAAUUGCCUUUGGGCGCUCACUCCAGAGAAGAGGCCCACCUUUAGAGAGCUUCAAGCAGCGAUGGCUGGAGAUAAAGAAAUCUUGCAAGCCUUUCCAGGACUGGGUUGGCUCUCCGGGCCACUGAGUGGCCCCUUGGAGUACGUCCGGGAAGUGCGCGCGCGUCGCCCCAACCUGUCGCUGAAGUGCACGGGAGUGGUUGAGGCGCUGGCCCUGUACAACCGCGGCUUCGACAGUGCAGACGUGGCCUUCCAAAGUGCCAACAGCAGUGGCAGCGGAAAGCUGCUGGCUGAGGAGCUCACUGAGAAGUUGAAGCAACGGAACGCGGCCAUCACCGCUGAGAGCGUGGCGGAUCUGAUGAAUCGCUACAUGACCAAGGAAUGUCAGCAGAUGACCCUGGAGCAGUACCGUGUCAUGGCCAAGGCUUGGGAGUUUGGGGGGCGGCCCAUCGUGCACGACGUUGGGAAGAUGAACUCCAGGCACUUUGCAUGGACACCCAGGCAGAGUAGCACAUCGCUGCAAGAUGAGAUUAAGCAGUUCACUGAAGCCGUGUCGAAGGCCUUCAAGUCAGCAGGCUAUGGCGUGGAGGCGGUAGAUAGCUCUGUAGACGCUAAGAACUAUGAGAACUCAACAGCCUUCACGGUGAGCAUGGGCAGUCAUCUUUGUCGCUUGAGGGUGAGCACUUUCACCCUGGAGGACAAACUCCUGGUGCAAAGUAGAAGGUUGUGGGGUUCCUCGGUGGAAGAGCUCUUGAUGCUCCAGCAGAUGAACAAUGAUUUGGUAGAGAUUUGGGGAGCUCGUGCUCCGCCACCCAACUCUCUUGCUCAUCCAUAG